UCCCGGCCCCUCGGUCGAUCGCUCGGCGCUCGGCGGAUCGCGGAGCAGCUCGAUGGCGCAGCCCGGCGCCCAUCGCGGCGGCCAUUUGCCGCCGGCCCGGCCCGCAGCCCGUUGAGGGGCCGUGUCCGUCCUCCAGGCGUCCCCUCCCGGCCGCCUCCCCCGGCAGGGAUCAUGCCGCCCAAAUUCAAGCGGCACCUGAACGACGACGAGGUGACGGGCUCGGUGAAGAGCGAGCGGAGGAACCUUUUAGAGGAAGAUUCGGAUGAAGAGGAAGACUUUUUCUUGAGAGGGCCUUCUGGACCAAGAUUUGGACCCAGAAAUGACAAGAUCAGGCAUGUUCAGAACCAGGUGGAUGAAGUCAUCGAUGUUAUGCAGGAGAACAUCACAAAGGUGAUUGAAAGAGGCGAGCGGCUGGAUGACCUGCAGGAUAAAUCAGAGAGUUUAUCAGACAAUGCAACAGCAUUUAGCAACAGAGCCAAACAGCUUCGGAGGCAGAUGUGGUGGCGAGGCUGCAAGUACCCAUAGUCCUGAAGUACCAUACCUGAUGUGUCAGCUGGAGGCUUCGGUGGAGCUGGCUCUGGGAUAAACAAACUGCUGUGUAACUUAAGUGAGAUAUCUGUAUAUAGCUUUGAAGUUGUUUUUCUCCAAGGAGCAAGGAGGCGGCGGCGGCGGCAAGUAGCCAGUUCUAACAGAGCAUUUUGAGAACUGCCAACUGACCCUUUCUUCUUUUUUUUUGUCAAGUACCUGCUCCUGCUGUCAGACUUUUAUAACAGAAGAUUCAGUUCCCAAACCGCCUGUUUUGUGGAAUGCUGGGUCUCUGAUUCGGAGCCGUCUACUUGCCAUUACGGUUUAUCUGUAUAUAUGGUUGAGUUGUAAAAAUACUUAAAGUUUGAGCAGUUCCUUGCUUGCUACUGUGGAAGGCAGAGGGGACUCUGUCCUUUCAUCGGGGUGAAGGAGGAGAAAAAUGUCUAGGGAAACACACCAUUAUGUUCCAGGAGACUGACCCUUCUGUGGAGAACUGUAAGGGUAUUGUUUUUCUCAUGUUACAAAAGAAAAAAAAUAAUAGUUGAGUUUUACAAUCCAUGGGAAUGCACAAGCUCAGUGUUUUCAGUAUUGCUGCUUACAGGUGUGACUAAAGACAUUCCAGUAAACCUAUUUUUGACUGUACAUGUGAAGUUACUGCACGUUCCUUCUCUCAACUGCCGGGAAUCCCGAGGAAAGGAGCUGUAUCGGUGUUCUCAUAACCAGGAGGAAGAAGCGUGUAAAGCCCAGCUCUCUGUUAUCCCAAUGAUACAAGACACAGUGGGGAGAUGGCAACUGUCCUUAUAUCAGCCCAGAAUAAACCAAGACCACUUUA